CAAUCGCAGGAGGGCAGGGGGUUGGCCUUCUUGGCUGUGGCUCCCGGGAUAUGGAGCCGCCGGUGCUGGGGCGGCGUGUCAGGUGGUGGAAGAACGGAAUCCUAUUCUAAGAACACGGGUACUCAGGUAUCCACCAUGGUACUGGGUCCUGAACAGACGAUGCCAGAUGACAGUGCUUCUGGAGACCAUGGGGACUCUGCCAGUCUUGGUGCCAUCAAUGCUGCCUAUAGUAACUCCUCACUUCCACAGUCCACUGGGCAGUCGGAGGAGCCAUUCACCACCUACUUUGAUGAGAAGAUUGCCAUUCCUGAGGAGGAGUAUUCUUGUUUUAGCUUUCGUAAACUCUGGGCAUUCACGGGACCUGGCUUUCUUAUGAGCAUUGCCUAUCUGGAUCCAGGAAAUAUUGAAUCCGAUUUGCAGUCUGGAGCAGUGGCUGGAUUUAAGCUGCUCUGGGUCCUUCUGUUGGCCACCAUAGUGGGUCUGCUGCUUCAGCGCCUUGCAGCUAGACUGGGAGUGGUAACUGGGCUACAUCUUGCUGAAGUGUGUCACCGUCAGUAUCCCAAGGUCCCACGGAUCAUCCUGUGGCUGAUGGUGGAGUUGGCAAUCAUUGGCUCAGAUAUGCAAGAAGUCAUUGGCUCAGCCAUUGCCAUCAAUCUCCUGUCUGUGGGAAGGGUUCCCCUGUGGGGUGGAGUUCUCAUCACCAUYGCAGAUACUUUUGUUUUUCUCUUUUUGGACAAAUAUGGCUUGCGGAAGCUAGAAGCAUUUUUUGGCUUUCUCAUCACAGUUAUGGCCCUCACAUUUGGAUAUGAGUAUAUUACAGUGAAACCCAGUCAGAGCGAGGUUCUCAAGGGCAUGUUCGUGCCAUCUUGUUCUGGCUGUAAGACCCCGCAGAUUGAACAGGCUGUGGGCAUCGUGGGAGCUGUCAUUAUGCCACACAACAUGUACCUACAUUCUGCCUUAGUCAAGUCUAGACAGGUAAACCGGGCCAAUAAGCAGGAAGUCCGAGAAGCCAACAAGUACUUUUUCAUUGAAUCCUGCAUUGCCCUCUUUGUUUCCUUCAUCAUCAACGUCUUUGUCGUCUCAGUCUUUGCUGAAGCAUUUUUUGGGAAAACCAAUGAGCAGGUGGUUGAUGUGUGUAAAAAUAGCAGCAGUCCCUAUGCUGGCCUUUUCCCUGAAGAUAAUUCAACUCUGGCUGUGGAUAUCUACAAAGGGGGUGUUGUGCUGGGAUGUUACUUCGGGCCUGCUGCACUCUACAUCUGGGCAGUGGGGAUCUUGGCUGCUGGACAGAGCUCCACCAUGACAGGAACCUAUUCUGGUCAGUUUGUCAUGGAGGGAUUCCUAAACCUAAAAUGGUCACGUUUUGCUCGAGUGAUUCUGACACGCUCUAUUGCUAUCAUCCCCACUCUGCUUGUUGCUGUCUUCCAAGAUGUAGAGCAUCUAACAGGGAUGAAUGACUUCCUGAAUGUUCUGCAGAGCUUACAGCUUCCUUUUGCUCUCAUACCCAUUCUCACAUUCACAAGCUUGCGGCCAGUAAUGAAUGACUUUUCCAAUGGAAUAGGCUGGAGGAUUGCUGGUGGGAUCUUGGUCCUUAUUGUGUCUUCUAUCAACAUGUACUUUGUAGUGGUUUAUGUCCAGGAACUAGGGCACGUGGUGUUAUAUGUCGUGGCGGCUGUCAUCAGUGUGGCUUAUCUGGGGUUUGUGUUCUACUUGGGUUGGCAGUGUUUGAUUGCACUGGGCAUGUCCUUCCUGGACUGUGGUCACACGUACCACCUGGGAUUGACAGCUCAGCCUGAACUCUACCUUCUGAACACCGUGGAUGCUGACUCACUUAUGUCAAGAUGACUAACAGCCUGAGAGACUGUAUAAGAACCAUUUUCUCUAAGCCCUAUUGUGCCAGCUGUCUUAACAUACCUCUGUUAGUUUGGAGGUGAGUUUUGUUCAUUUGAACAAAGGCAAAGAUUUCCUCAUGGGAAUGGGAUUAAAAACUGACAACUAUAAAUUUAGGUCAUCGACCCACCCACCUCACAACAAACAAUAGCCAGAGUUAAAUGAUUACCUGUGCUGGCCACAUACCCCUAUGGGGUGUGUCUUGACUUCUGGGAUUUAAAAAAUAUAUAUCUAUAUAUAUUUAUGUAAACCUGAACAUCAGUUUGGGUAAGAUUUUAAUGUUAUAUAAAACUAAUGGAUAUUUUGUAUUUUUUUUUAAAAAAAAACAUUCUUCAAGUAAAUUACAUCUUUGGAUCACAAGUGAGAAGGGAAAGGAAAUGUUCUUUUUCUCACAAUGAACUGAUCCAAUUGACUGUCUUAUAAAGUGAUACUUUACUAUGCCAGUUACAUUUUACUUUGAUUGUAAUCAGCCACAUUACAUACUUGGUAUCUACUAAUAUUAACCAUCAUUUCUAAAGAAAUCAUUUCUUCUAUUUGGUGAUCUUAUUUAACACUGGUUACCUGCAUACUUUGUAAUUAGUAUUGUCUUUGUUAUCAUUUUUCUUGAAAUUUUUUAUAGUUAUUAAACCAGAGAUACAAUGUUA